AUGGGGAACUGCUGUUGCUGUGCCGGAUCUGCAGCAGAUCCCAGCGAUCAGGCCAUCACUGCGCAGAUUCUCACGAACAAAUUCGUACGCUACAGGGGAUUCGUCGUACUAGUUCGCUACGUGUUUCCGAGUGGGUCAAAGGCCGUGUACGUCCGCGACGACAAGGUCUACUUCGACUGCUUUUCCGGGUGCAUUGGCGGAUACCCUCUGAAAAAUAUCACAUCCGCCGAAGUCGUCCGCGACGCCACGGUACGUUAUCCAGAUAUUCCAGUCCGCUACGCCUACGGCUUGGCAGGAUAUUACUCUACCAGGAGGGAAAACAGCUCGUUUUGCUUGAACCCCGGAGUCAAAAUCACGGGGUCUGACGGAACCGUCAUCGCGUUCGUGGGUGGAGAAGGAGAAAUGGAAAAAUUCGUGCAGGAUCUCAAUACAGCAAUGAAGACUCGUCAGAAGGAAUCUGAACUCAGCCACUUCCAUACCUACUAACCUGCAGAUAAAGCUUUGCUUGAGAAAUGUGUCAAAUUUGAGUAUUGCUGCUGCGCGUCCGUUCAAAAUUUAUGGGCAUGGGUUAGCACAAAAAAGAGGGAUUUGGCGGCAGGGAU